GUGUAAAAGGAACGGAGCACUCUGACCGAAACGAUUGCAUUUGACAAGGCUUUCUAUAAACUACAUGAAAAAGUAUGCCUGAGGAAUGCAUGAGACAGGAUCCAAUUAUUGAAUGAUUCCAUGUAUUGCAGAAUAGUGUACACGCACAGGAGGACAAACAUUUCCGUUUCUGAUCUGAGGACGUGGAUUACAUCUCAUCUAUCUCGAGAUUAGCCGGGGCUGUUCAGUUUCGUCGCUCUCCACCUCAUCAUAUUCGAUUCAACCUCGUUUGGCAACGUAAAUUGUAGGCUAUCUUUUCCACAAAUACAAACCAACGCUUUGUACAGUUUAUAGACAACUGUUUUUAAAAUUCUGGAUCUAUUCAUAAGCAAUGCCUUCGAUUGAGCGGGUUGAUCACUGGUUUGGCUAUAGCCUACUCUACCGUAUUAAUUGCGUGCUGAAGUGAUGAUGACGGCCUGUCCUCCGUUUUAUGUUUAUUUCUUCCUCAAGACGAACGAGAACCUCCGCCAUCAGUGGAAAUGGAGAUAUGUUUUUGAAAUGUGUGCCCAUUAAACGGAUCCAUUUAGAUGGUGUGUGCGAAGACUGCUAUCAGCAGAAAAUGGAACUACGAACAAGGGUGUAUUUCAUAUUCGAAACGGACACUUGUGAGAUGAAGGAUAUCAAGAAAAUAAAUGUAAAACGGUGACUUUAUUUUUCGAUGGAUAUCAAUUGCUUUUGAAAUCAGGCUAUGCUUUAAACCCAGGAGAAUAAUGAAUUAUAUUCUGAAUCGGUUAAAACACAUAUGUUGUUCACCCUGAGGUAUUUUGACUUAAACAUGCAUCAUGUUAAUUUCUUGCCGGGCAAUUUUGAUCAAUCAUUGAUACUUCGACGGGAGGAAGCAGGACUACUUGAUGUGUGAAUAUAGAAUCAACGCGGCUUUGACAAUAGCCUGGUUGCAUAGAUGGCAAAUACAAGCGAGGUUGGGGAAAGCAAUCCUUCACUACAGAAUUAUGCUAUCACCGCCUCUGCGGUGAAACUGGCCUCGCUCGGUCUGAUCAUUUGCGUCAGCCUUGUUGGGAAUGUGGCGCUGUCCCUGCUGGUGCUGAAAGACAGCUCCCUUCAAAAGGCUCCGUAUUAUUUUCUACUUGAUCUGUGCUUGGCAGAUAUAAUACGGUCUGCCGUGUGUUUUCCCUUUGUGAUGAUAUCAAUCAAUAACGGUUCCACCUGGACAUACAGCAUUAUAAAUUGUAAGAUUAUUGCUUUCAUGUCAGUCCUUUUUUGUUUCCAUGUAGCGUUUCUGCUCUUCUGCGUCAGUGUCACCCGAUACAUGGCGAUCGCACACCACAGGUUUUAUUCCAAACGAAUGACAUUAUGGACAUGUGUGGCAGUGAUUUGCAUGGUCUGGACCCUCUCUGUCGCUAUGGCUUUCCCCCCUGUAUUCGAUGUUGGCACCUACAAAUUCAUCCAUGAGGAGGAACAAUGCAUUUUUGAGCACCGAUACGUGAAAGCAAACGACACCCUGGGCUUCAUGUUGAUGCUGGCUGUCAUCGUGGGAACAACACACGUUGUUUACAUAAAGAUGCUGUGUUUCGUUUAUGACCACCGCAAGAUGAAACCUGCUCAGCUGGUCCCAGCUAUAAGCCAAAACUGGACCUUCCACGGGCCAGGUGCAACUGGGCAGGCAGCUGCCAAUUGGAUUGCAGGAUUUGGACGUGGUCCCACCCCACCAACAUUGGUGGGCAUCAGGCAAGCCUCGCAUAAUGGAAACAGACGGCUGCUUGUCUUGGAUGAAUUUAAAAUGGAGAAACGCAUAGGGAAAAUGUAUUACAUGAUAACCCUGGCGUUUCUUCUCUUCUGGGCCCCGUACAUUGUUGCCUGCUACCUUCGAGUUUUUGUCAAAGGAGGCACAAUUCCACAGGUCUACCUGACUGCGGCGGUGUGGAUGACGUUCAUUCAGGCGGGGGCGAAUCCCAUUAUUUGUUUCAUAUUCAACAAGGAGCUGAGGAUGCGUCUCAGAGCUUGUUUCCCGUGUUGUCUCAGCACACAGACGCCUAUGUCUAUGGAGCCUUACUGUGUCAUCUGAUUGCUCAGUUGCUCUGCUUGUCCAAUUUUUCCACAUAAGUUGAAGGCCACAUUUUGUGAUUUGCACAUACAGAAAGUGCAUAAAGUUGCCAAUCUUGAUUUCAAAUACUAAUCAUUUAGCAUAUUUUAUGAAUCUCAUUAGUGUUUUCUUUGAGUAUAGCCUAGGCCUAUGUCAAUUCUGUAAGUAUAUUCUGUAAAGCUGUUUUGUUGCUUUAUUCUGAAAAUAAAAAAAAAGAGUUGUAUCUUUCAGAAAAUCUACUUAGAAUUAUUUGUGUGGAGAAAGUGUUAACUCACUUUUACAGUCAUUUGCAAAUACAUGUUCUUCCUGGAUGUUGACAUAAUAUGAUUAUAAAAAUGUAUCCCUUGUACAUUCCCUGUAAAAUAGACAAAUACAUUUUUUUUCUAUGGAAAAUGACAAUGGGACUCUAAAAGAAGCACAGCAUCAGUGCUGCAGAGAGAUGUUUGCAUUGUUUGUACUUCUGAGUAAAUAAACAACAAAUGAAUGAUUA